UGUUUGAUGUCAUUGAUGCUGCACGCACUCCACCACACCACCAGCAGGUUGCUGCAGAGACUCCUACCAGCUGGACCUCAGGCUACUUUACAUAGACAGAAAGCAGCGGAUGACAAGUGGAACCCUGCUCACACAGUGAGGAACGGUUUGAGAAGUGCGAUGUCUUCUCCUGGGAACACCUCCAACCUUUUGAACACUCUGGCGCCCAAAAGGAAAAGCAAAAAGAAGCACUUUGUGCAGCAGAAAGUGGAGGUUUUCAGAGGCAGUGACCCCGUGUUGAGCGUCCUGAUGUGGGGAGUCAAUCACUCGAUUAAUGACCUGAGCCAUGUGCCCGUACCUGUCAUGCUGCUUCCAGACGACUUCAAAGCCAGCACCAAGAUCAAAGUCAGCAACCACCUCUUCAACAAAGAGAAACUUCCGGGACAGUUCAAAUUCAAGGACUACUGUCCACAGGUGUUCAGAAACCUGCGAGAACACUUUGGAAUCGAGGACCAAGAUUACCAGGUGUCUCUGGCCCGCAGUCCCCCAAUAAAGGACGAAGAGGGGCAAGGCGGGAAGCUGCUACUGGCAUCAUACGACCGCACUUUGGUAGUAAAAGAAAUCUCCAGUGAGGAGGUGGAAGAAAUGCACCACAUCCUCUCUGAGUAUCACCAGCAUAUCGUCACCUGCCACGGCAGCACACUGCUGCCUCAGUUCCUGGCCAUGUACCGAGUGACUGUGGAGAGCGAGGAUACAUACCUGGUGGUUAUGAGGAACAUGUUCAGCUGCAGACUGCACGUUCACAGGAAGUAUGACCUCAAGGGGUCCCUGUUGUCCCGUGAAGCAAGUUUUAAAGAGAAGGUGAAGGAGCUGCCCACGUAUAAAGACGUAGACUUCAGGAAUAACAUGCAAAAAGUUUAUGUCAGCGACGAGGAGAAGGAGAAGAUUGUGGAUAGGCUGAACAGAGAUAUCGAGUUUUUGGUGCGUAUGAGGAUCAUGGACUACAGCCUGCUGCUCGGCAUCCACGAUGUUGAACGGGCUGAGAGGGAGGAGGAGGAGGAGGAGAUGGAGUCAUCCUAUGAAGAGGAAGAGGAGGAGGAAAACAGCACAGCUCCAGCUCCAGGAUCCAACUCACCCGAGGGUAUCGGUGGCUAUAUGAACUCCUUCAAACCCAUGGGUCCUGGGGAAUUUGACCCCUACGUGGAUGUGUACGCCAUUCAGAGCGCCGUAGGUGCACCCCAGAGGGAAGUGUACUUCAUGGGUCUGAUUGACGUACUGACGCAGUACGACACUAAGAAGAAAGCUGCGCACGCUGCCAAAGCGGUCAAGCACGGGGCAGGAGCAGAAAUCUCAACAGUUCAUCCAGAGCAGUACGCUAAACGUAUCCGGGAGUUCAUCACAAAGAUCUUUGCCUAGUUCAAUGAUUCAGUCCCAUCAUUAUUUAAUACAAGAGGACUCUCUCGAUGCAACACUUCUCUCAAACGGACAUCACUUGAAAUGUGAUCACAAGGUGUAUUCUCCGUUCAUGACAUUGUGCAUUUAUUUUGAAUGAAGAACUGGAAUCUGCAGACAGAUGAAAGAGUUUUCUUAAUGAGUUUUCUGUGGGCAAUAACCCACCCACGAAUUCAGUGUGAGGUAGAGAUGGUUAGAAAAACUCAUGAACACAAAAUUAUUUUAAAAAGUCUUACUUGCUGUUGCGGAGUAUGAAUAUGUAUGAUUUCUCCUUAAAUAUUAAUUUAUUACUCUUUCUUUUCCCAACAGUGACAACACUAGAAUAAUUAGAGGAAAUCUCUGGGGUUUCCAUUAGGAAAAAUCUCCUAUUAAUCAGCAGUGUGUGAUUUAAGCUGUUAUGGUUGAUGUUCCCAAAUGAAGAAUUAAAUAACACCAAUAUAACAAUGUGAAUGAUUUACCAGCCGGUAAAUACUGACAGUUUACAUUAAUGUGAAAAUAUGUUGGAAUUGAAUGAUAUCUAACAAUCUAGCAGUUAAGUAUUACAUGAAUAUAUGUAAAUUAAUUAAAAUCAAUUGUUGUUUAUCAGUGAAUGUAUCAUCAGUUAUGAUAUGAUAAUUAUGUGCUAAUAAAAUCGGUUUUCACAAAGAGUAAA